GAAGACCCACCUACCCCCGGCGCCCGAUUGGGCGAAGGAGCAAGCGAAGUCGCCGGGAUCGCCGUCUAGCGUAGCGGCACCUCCCCUGGCCCGCCUCCGAACGAGUCUGUGUGUUUUGAUUCAUCUAUAUAUUGGUCAAUCUAGAAUCCCUACUAUUAUUGGAGAACAGGAAAGUCAAUCACUCAAGUAGGCGCAGGAAAGAGACGAGGCUAGAAAGAUCCCCGCCCAUGAGAAGUGCUGAUUGGAGGAACAUUUGUUUUCUCUAAAGCUGGUUGGUGACAGGAGUAUUUCCCCACCCAGAAAUGUUUUUACGCGACUUAUCAACUUUCACCCAGGAUGUUUACUUCUUAACUUCCCCUUAGCAACGGAGUGGCGUCUUCUGGCUCUCCUAGCAACUGAGCGGAGCGACUUUUGCGCGAACCAGCCGGGUAGCCUGCGCUUGAGAAGAUCCAGUUGAUCCCAGAUUGUUGUUUCCUAGGACAAUUCUGGAUCUGUUUCUUCCUGAGGAGGCUACUCCAUUGAGGCGCAUUCUCUACCUCCUACCUGUGGUCUUCACCAACAGAACUAUCAACAGGCAAGACAACAGGAACCCAGGGAAGAUGAACCGGCUGUGCAACUCACUGGAGCCAAGAGUGAUGAACGACGACAUGCUUAAGCUGGCUGUCGGGGAGCAGGGCCCCCAGGAGGAGGCUGGGCAGCUGGCCAAACAGGAGGGCAUCCUCUUUAAGGACGUCGUCUCCCUACAGCUGGACUUCCAGAACAUCCUCCGCAUUGACAACCUCUGGCAGUUUGAGAACUUGAGAAAGCUGCAGCUGGACAAUAACAUCAUCGAGAGGAUCGAGGGCCUGGAGAACCUCACACAGCUGGUCUGGCUCGACCUGUCCUUCAACAACAUCGAGGCCAUCGAGGGGCUGGACACACUGGUGAACCUGGAGGACCUGAGCUUGUUCAACAACCGCAUCUCCAAGAUCGACUCUCUGGACGCCCUGGUCAAGCUGCAGGUGCUGUCCCUGGGCAACAACCAAAUCGGCAACAUGAUGAAUAUCAUCUACCUGCGGCGGUUCAAGGACCUGCGAGCGCUCAGCCUCUCUGGGAACCCCAUCGCCGAGGCAGAGGAUUACAAGAUGUUCGUCUGGGCCUACCUUCCUGACCUCGUGUACCUGGACUCUCGGCGGAUCGAUGACCACAUGCUGUGUUGGUUCUGGGGCCUCUUCGGGGGGCAGGGGGGCCUGGGCGGUCAGUGUGAGACCCCGCCAGGACUGGCUCUGCGCUACCUGCUCGGAGCCACAAAGGGAUCCACAGUUUGUGGCCGCCUCUGCUGGGCCUGGGGCUCCCAAGGAAAGCUGUCCCAGGUGGGCCGGCACACCCAGAAGCUGUCCCAGGUGGGCUGGCUCACCCAGGAGCUGUCCCAGGUGGGCCGGCACACCCAGGAGCUGUCCCAGGUGGGCCGACUCACCCAGGAGCUGUCCCAGGAGCUGUCCCAGGUGAGCUGGCUCACCCAGGAGCUGUCCCAGGUGGGCUGGCUCACCCAGGAGCUGUCCCAGGUGGGCCGACUCACCCAGGAGCUGUCCCAGGUGGGCCGGCUCACCCAGGAGCUGUCCCAGGUGGGCCGGCUCACCCAGGAGCUGUCCCAGAAGGGGCAGGCGGAGAUGAAGCACCAGUUCAGCAUCGACGAGUUGAGGCACCGUGAGCGCCUGAUUCAGGCCCAGCAGGCGGGAGGAGCAGGCCCGGCAGGCGGAGCUGGGAGGAGCACCAGCCUCACCUACAAGGACAAAUUUGUCAUCAUCUGCCUGAACAUUUUCGCGUACGGACUGAAACAGCAGGAAAAGCGGAAGGUCCCAUUCCUACCCACAAAACCACAUUGUCGCCGCCACUACGUCCACUUAGCUGUGACGCCUAACGCAGGCUCUCGUCUCCAGAGUCUGAAUGCCAUCCGCGACGAGGCCGACCUGGCCAGCAUGGAGGCGAGGAUCGUGGCGUACAGCGAGGACAUCACCGAGCUGUCCAACGUGCUCAUGACGCUGGAGAUGCAGCUGGUGGAGCAGCUGGAGGAGACGAUAAACAUGUUCGAGAGGAACAUCGUCGACAUGGUGGGGCUCUUUGUCGAAAAUGUCCAAAGCCUCAUGGCCCAGUGCCGGGACCUGGAGAACCACCACCACGAGAAGCUCCUGGAGAUCGCCAUCAACACCCUGGAGAAGGUCGUCAAGGGCGAGCUCGACGAGGACCUGCCUGAGGACGUGCGGGCGCUUUUUGUGGACAAAGACACAAUUGUGAAUGCUGUUGGGACAUCACAUGACAUCCACCUUCUCAAGAUUGACAACCGAGAAGAUGAGCUGGUGACCAGAGUCAACUCUUGGUGCACACACUUAGUGGGCAAGAUUCACAAGGAUGAGAUCAUGAGGAACCGCAAGCGAGUGAAGGAGAUCAAUCAAUACAUCGACCACAUGCAGAAUGAACUGGACAACCUCGACAGUGGCGACAUUCUAGAUUAGGGGUGUCUGCCCAGAGAGUCCCUCGGAAAACACAGCACUUGGCCCUGCCAGGGGAGAGUGGGGAUUCUCAGCCCACAGCCCCCAAUGCCAUCCUUCCACCACCCCUGCACAAACUCCCAAAUGUAGACAGAAAUAAAGGCCCGGUGUCACCGAGUCUCCCUUCUUUAGAGAGGUAUCAGAAUUUCACGUUUGUGUAUGAGCAGCAGUAAGCCCGCUUCCUGAGAGCCAUUCCCCAGGGCCUGCUGUGGGCUGUGCUCCUGGCCGUGCGCCACUCCCCUGCCGGGCCAGGCGGGCUGCGGCUGCAGGGGAGGCCGCCAGUGUGGGCCGAGCUGCUCUCCUCUGGGUGCUGCGGAGGGAAGCCAGAGCGCCGAGGCGCAGCAGCACAAGGCAGAGGCUGCGGCUGCGUGACAGAGCUUGGCCGCAGGGAUGCAGAGACCCUGCGGAGGUGAAGAGCACAGGUGGGCGUCCACGUCACCCCUGCAGCCUGAGCUCGGUGUAGUGCGGGCGUGACCGUGCCUUCUCUGAGCACAAGCCUGAGAGGAGUGGCGAAGCACCUGGCGUGUGGCAGGGCCCCGGGACUGGGAGUGAGGCCCUUUGCCACUCAGCAAGCCGGUGCUCCUGAACGGGACUGCAGCUUCCGCACCCCGGGCCCUGGCACGUGGCACCCCCGCCUCCCAGGACUGUGCAGACAGCCAUGUGCUCGUCAGGGGGCCUUGCCCAGGCCGCCAGGUCUCUUCGUCCAGAAAUAAUGGGCAUUUCUACUUUCAAGAGUACAUUAUUACUUUUUUCCUGAAAUAGUAGGAACAGGUAGAAACAAUCAGCUUAGACCAAAAAGGACUCACUUUCCAAAGAUCGUUUGACUAAACACCCGGGGAAAAGCUUUUGGGCUGAGGGUCGAGGGCCCCACAGAGACAGAGUCCAUGGAGCUGUUUGUGGCCGGGGUGACGACAGGC